UGGUGAUAUUUAUUAAUGUCUGAUGGGUAUUGUUUUGUUUACAGACUCGAUAUGGCUGCAGCAAAUGAUUUUACAACUGAAGAACUCCUCAAUGACUUAUACAAGUGUGUCAGCGCUGAAGCAUUGAAGAAAGAGAAUAUUGAGAAGUAUGAUUUGAAAAUAUAUGGUACCGAAGAUAAAAUUGAACAAUAUGGAAGUGAUAUUGCUUUUAUUGACAUAUCGGCUGAAAAUUUUGAUUCGGAUAAACGGAUAUAUAAUUUGGUUUUGAAAUAUGGACACACUCAAAAAAAUAUCAGAAAUAGGAUUCCAAUAAGAGAUGGGUUCAAGAGGGAAAUAGAAAUAUAUUCAAAGUUGAUUCCUUGCUACCAAAGAUUCCAGCAAGAUAAAGGCGUGUCAAUAUUCAGCUCAACGCCAAAGUGUUUUUUGACAAAAUUUUCAGAAUCUGAUGAAAUAAUUGUGUUAGAGAACCUGAAGAGAAUGGGCUAUGAUGUUCACACUAGAGAAAAACCUAUGAACAUAAACCAUAUAAAGUUGAUAUUAGAAGCUUACGCCGAAUGGCACGCCCUAUCUCUUGCCCUUGAAGACCAAAAGGAUGAAGAAUAUUUGGAAAUUAAACUACAUUUCACAGAAAAUCCAUGGAAAACUUAUCUGGAUAAUCAAUUGGGGGAAAUGAUAGAUGUCGGGCAAAAUUCUUUGUACGCCAUAUUGGAAGAAAACGGACACAUGGAUUUGUUGAGAAAAUAUAAAAACAAAUUGGGAAAUGAAAAUGCAAGAACCAUUCUAACAGAUUUGAUGGAAGCUAAAGAAAACGUUUCUGUGGUUUUGCAUGGGGAUUGCUGGAAUAAUAAUUUUUUAUUUAAUUACGAGGAUGACGAUCUGAAAAAGAAGAAUUGCAAAAAAGUGGCCCUACUGGACUUCCAAAUGUCUUCCUUACGCAGCCCCGUCUUUGACUUGAGCCACCUCUUAUAUUCCGUCGCUUCCCACAAAGAACUCCGUCAUUUUAGAGAGCUGAUUGACCACUAUUACUUUUACUUAUGCAGCCAUAUAAAACAGUUGGGAAGCAACCCAGAAAAAGUUUUUCCAUUCAGAACAUUGAAACUUCAUUGGAGGAAGUAUUCUGCUUACGGGGCUGUUUUGAGUCCCUUUAUUGCGAUGUACUGUUAUAUGGAUAAAGAGAACACUGCUGAUUUUGGAGUUUGUCAAACUUUGAAGAAUGCCACCACGAAACAGAAAUAUAUGAAGAAGGUUAUUGAUGUUGCCAGUCAUUUUGUUGAAUGCGAAUUAUAAUUUUUAUUCAUUAGGCAUUUCGAUUUACUCAACGUUACUUGUUUUUGUAUCCAUUAUAAAAUUAAUUAUAGCAGUACCUGGGUUUAUUCAUCUUUAGAUAAACUUGUUGCAAUCGCGAUUUAGGUGGAUGCAAUGUCUGUUGGCUCCAUAUGCAAAAUCGAAACUGGGACUCGUAUUUUCCCUGCACAGUUUUAAACCGAAAUGAACCUGGUCCGACCCACCCCCCAAACCCAAUUUUUUUAAGUUUGUUUCUAUUAAUAUUUUAAUGGGAUUACUUAACAGGCCCCGAAGACGGAGCCUAAUAGUUCGGAAAGCUUGGCAACAUUGAAAUAUGAAAUUACCUACCAAAUAUCCAAUUUCUUGACUUCCUGUUUGACUUGCACCUUAUCUGAACCAUUAUCAUUAUCAAAAUAUUAUUAUACUAUACAUAUAUACUUUGAUUCGAAAAAUAGUUUAGUCCCACACCUAAAUAAUAUGUUCAAGGGCCAACGCAACACACUUAAUGUACCUAAGUAGCACCUUCUAUAUAGAAAAAGCAAUUAUGAUCUCAGCCCCAUUAUAAGAUCCAGGAAAGUUUUGAGUGGACCAAUAUACGCAUUUUAUUGUUCCGAACGAGUUAUGCUCCAAUUACGUUACCCUCAUCACGUUCAAAGACUGAAAGUGCGACAACAUCUCAAUAUGUUAAUUUUAACUACCCUAAAUUGCUUUUUUACUCAAUUUUCUUGCGCUAAAGUAUCUUGUUCACAAUCAUGUCGAAGGACCAUUGAGUUUUCCUUUAUAUUGUUCCCCUGUGCAUUAUCAAAUCAUUUCUAUGCACCUUAAUGAAACUUAUAUUAUCCAUCCGUCAGCCGCAAUAAAAUUAAUAAUACACAAUGAAGCCCAUUUCAAAGUCAUGAAUGGUUGAAGUUUGUUAAUUAAAAGUGAAUAUUCAAUUAUGACACUUUUAAUAAUGAAGGAAUGGCGCGGAGCGGAGUUGCUUCUGAGGCGCUCAGCCACUAGUUUUUAAUUAAGCCUACAAUUUAGUUUUCGCAAUGACGAAAGUCCAGGAAAAUUAUUUUCUAUUUUAUGCGAAUUUUCUUUGUAUAGUUUUUAAUAAAAAUUUUAGGUACCUAACAGGUGAGUCCACAAAGAACUCAACUCGAAAAACUUAAAGUGAAGAGAAAUGCUAAAAAUUUAAUAAGAAUAUUAAACUAUUAAAAGUCAAGUUGAAGGGUUAUUACAAAUAAAGAUAGUAAUUUGUAAUUUAGAGCAAGAGAACUUAAAGGGCCGUAGAAUUUAAAAAUAAAUAAAACGUGUAGCCGCUUUAUGUGCAAAUAAAAC